CACUCGGAUACAUAAAAACCAGAAUAUAUUGAAAUGGCGUCAGAUCCCUUGUAUGGUACCUUCAUUUACAAAUAUUAAAAUUUUUGUAGGGUAUCCGUAUUUCAUUAGUAAUCAGAAGAUCAAAUAAUAGAAAUUUCUUCAUCCUGGAAAUUUUUUAGAACAUUUCUAAUUCUGUCUGUGUGAAUGUGAAUACAUGCAUAUGCACUGAAAAUGUUUCCAGUUUAUAGUACCAAAAUGGUCCCAUGGCCUCCUGGAUCAGAAAGAUAUUAUCAGGAGGCAUUGGCUCAUUUCAAGAUAAACAUUUUGGGCUGCUUGGAAAGCCUGGAGGAUGCAGUAGCUGAUGCAAAAAAAUUGGAAGAGAAUUUAAACUAUUGUCAAUUUCGUCUUUUUUAUAAUCGACUUACUGGAUCUGAUGAUGUGGAAUUGUUGAAAAGUCUUGAUACCAAAGUACGUUUUUUCGAACUACUCCAAAAAGCUCUUAAAUUUGAACUUGAAGCUAGGGAGAAUGCUGUAAGAGAAUUAGAAAAAAACUUUCUUUUUCAAAAAGCUUUGUGUGAUGAUGACGAAUUUUACGAAGCAUAUAUGGCAUAUGGAAGAAUAAUACCAAGGCAAAUGGAAAAAAAAUCAUCUGAAAAUAUGUUGGUACAUCCAUCUCAAAAUGAAAAGAUUUCCAUAUGUUUUCCUGAAAGCAGUUCAUGUGCAUCACCAACUCUUGGUACAUUUUCCUCUGAUUCUGAUAAUACAAGUGUGUCUGGAACAUCUUCAAAACGUUUGCCUGGUCCAAUCAAUGUAAAAGGACAAGACGCAUCGCUUAGUUCUGGCAAUUUGAAAAAUCUCUAUAUGUUCUGGAGUGGAGCAAUUUUAAAAAAUUCUUUGUCAGAUAAUCCUAAAAGUUGUGAAAAGGAAUUUGAAGAGACUGUGCAAAAGAGACCAGAACAGUCACCUAAACCAGAAUUCAGUAAAUUAGAAGAGGUAUUUGCAGAAACAAAAUCAGAAUCUGAAAAACAAAUGAGUCCUGAAUCAGAUCUUACUGGAACAUCUGAUCUGAAAUGUUUAAGUAGUCCAAAUAUGCAAAAUGAGAGCAUUGCUAACUUACAGAUAACAGCUGACCAGCAAAAUGAAGUACCAAAAAAUGUAGAUCUCAGUUCUGCAGAAAAAUCCUCUUAUCAGGGAACAUGCAUAUUAGAUCACUUAAAUGAAAAAGAAAAAACAGAAAAUUAUAAUGAAAUGGAAUUUUUACUGGAAGAGUCUUGCGAUACGAAGAAAGCUAAAUCAAAUAUCGGUGUUAAAAGAAAGAUGGAACUUCCCUUUCAAUCCAAAGGGAAAAAUAUUUGCACAGAUGCUUCUGAAGAAAAAUAUUCCAACAGCAAACAACAUUCGAAUAUUUGUAUGGAAGGAGAAAAAAAAUCUUCAGUAGACAUGAUUGAAGAAAAAACACUGAACUAAACAGUCCUAGUAAUACUAGAAUUUAUUGGAAUGAAAUUAGUAUAUAUAUCAUUUCAAAAGUAACCGCACCUAUGUUGUCACCAAGAUCUAAAAAAUUUUUAAACAUGCAUGAUGUUAUUUCUAUUUUAAAGAAUGUAAAAUUUGGUGUUUAAAGAAAUUUAUCUUUAGAGGAAAUAAUUCAAAAUUUUAGUGAUAUUUUUGUGCAUUCUUUUAUAGUAAUAAAGUGCAAAGAAAUGGACUUCUUAAAUAAUAGAAAUGGCACCCAAGUUUCGUUAUUAAUGGAAUUUCUAGAGAAAAUGCAAGAAUCAAUACAACUAUUUUCACCAAAUUCAAUUCAGAAAGUAAUUGUUCACUGCAUUGAUUCUUCAUUAUUUUCUUCCAUAUCAUCUAUAUCCACUGAAUUUUUUAAAGCAUUUUCUUGCGAAAAGUAAAAACAUUCCAUCUCAGAAUGCUGAAGAUGAUUAUGUGACUGAUAUUUCUGCAAUAAAACAUUCCAUUGAAGCUGGGAAACUUCCAGAAAGUGUAGAUUAUGAGAAUAUGAUAAAAAAUCCAACCCUGAAUUCCUAAGUUUCAGAUCAGUCAAACCUUAGUGAGCAAGAAAUUCUAUUCUUUGGUACUAAAUAAGUACUAAUAGGUGGCAGUAACAAAAAAUUGAGCUCGCCAAUUUCAGAUAUGCGUUUAAGAAAUGGAAAGGCAGAUGAUAAGAUUAAUUUACUUCAAUCUAAAAUCUUUUAGUGGGCAUCUGUAAUAAGUCUUUUUGUUUCUGAUAGUAAAAAUGCAUUGGAGGUCACACCUGUAUCUUUUGAAAACUGCCUGAAUAUGUACCUUUCACUGAGAUCUUUUUUGAUACAAAAUAUGCAAAUGGCUAUCGUCCCUCAAAUCUUCUUCCUCCGCACCCCUCCCCCCCCCCUCAGAAUCUCUCUUUUCUUCUUAUAUUUACAGUCAAGAUAAUUUAGAAGUCAUGGACAUGUGAUUCAGAUUGAAGAAGUUAUAUAAAGGGAGAAAAUCUGUAAAUGAAGAACUGCACUUUUGUAAUAAUUAUAGCAUGUGGAUAUUUCAGUUAAAUCAGACUCUGAAAUAACAUUUCAUAAAAGUGUAACUUAAAACUUCUUUUUAUGCUGAUACUUAAUACCAAAGAGAGAAAAAAUGAGCUUGGAAAAUGUAGGUAUCUUGAUGUGUUUCACUUUUUAACUUCUCGGUUCCAGAGACUCGAACCUGCUAAGAGGUCUGUAUUCCAAACGCAAAUGGAAAUGUUGGCCAAAAUUACUUUGUAUUGAAAGUUUAAUAAUUAAAUGAAUAAUAAAUUAAAAUUAAUAAUAUAAUUUUUCAUAAAAUUAAUGUAUUACUAUUUCUAUUAACGAAGUUUACUUAAUUUUUAAUUAUUGAAAAUACUAUUGAUUAACAAUUUUCUCAAAAAUAAUAUUAUGCUCUUGUACUUUUGAUUAUGAAUUUUUUUUUUAUGUUUUAAUUUGUUUUAAAAGUUGAAAUUUUUUUAUUAAUAUUAUAGUUUUCAGUAUUUCAACAAAGGUAUUGAGACAUUUAAUUUUUGGUUUUGGUUUGGAAUUCAGCUUUUUUAUUAAUUUGUUUGUAUUUUUAAAGCCAAUUUAUGCAGUAUAUUAUUUUCAAUUCUUAUAUUUGAAGUACAGUCAUAAAAUUUAAGCACGAGUUUGCUUUGAUAAAUCUUAUGUUUCAGACGUUAAGUUAACAAUGCUUGGUUGGGAGAACACUGCAACUCUUUAACUAAAACGUUGCUGGUUCGAACCUUGCCACUUUACUUUCGCCUUUCUCUACAGUGUGAUUAAUCUUUUUGAGAAUUUAAACAGGAUUGCCACACCACCGGGAGAACACAGGGAAUUUAAAAAUCGGCGGAAAAAUUAUGAUAAUGUUAGGAAAUUUGAAAAAUGUCUUAAAGCCCGGGAAAAUUCAGUGAAUUUUAACUUUCUUAGUUAUUUUUUUCCCAUCUAAAAAAUGUCAAUCUCUAAAGAUUGCAAGAAUAAAAGAUCGUAGUCAUCGCUUUCAAAAGCUAAACAAUACUAAUCGCGAUUGUGCAAUGCGGAAACCCACACUUUUCUACUCUCCCCCCCCCCUCCAUUUUUCUGUAUGGAUCAGUUCAGUUUUGAUUUGUGUGACAGUUGUUCAUUUUUCAUCAGAUUCCCGAAUUGCAGCCAAUGAGCUUGCACGAGACUUCUGCAUUUGUGUGAUAGAUAAGAAUACAUUUCUUUAUAGGAAACAGCAACAUUCAAUCUGCGGAUGCAUUGCGUUGUUUAGUCAACUUUACUUGAAUGGUUUGUUUAUUAUUUGAAAAACUGUGAGUUUAUUCAAAGUUAAAGAAUUUUUUUCAAAAACAAUGAGCUGCUCGAAAUCCGUAUUUAAUAUGAAUUGGAUGGAUAAAAAAAAUUAAUCCUGAUUUUGCUGAAUGGGCUCGAGAAGUUCCACAAAAUCCAUUUAUUGCGCACUGCUUGCUUUGUAAGAUGAUAAUAAACCUAUGGGAAAAUAGGCACUUAUUAGUCAUGCCAGAAAGGUUAAACAAAAUUGUGUGUCAGUUCAAAGAAGUUAUAAUUAUUAUUAGAUUUUGUAUCUAAAAGGAAUACAGGAAAAUAUGACAUGUCAAAUCCGAAACCGUCAAAUGUAAUGUCCGAAAAUAAAUAGAUUACGAACUUUUUAGUUCAAGAACAGUAAUUUAAAGCGAACUUUUUAUGGGCAUUAAAACUUGUUACGUCACAUUCGUCCUUCAAUGCAUUCAAUGAUAUAUCGAAAAUAGGUUCACAUAUGUUAACUGAAAGUGAAAUAGCUGAAAAAAUGUACAUUAGGCCGUACAAAAAUGUCAUGCCUUAUUUCUUAAGGAUUAGCUCCAUUAAACUAAUAGCUGAAAAAUUUGCGAAAAUUGAUGCCCAAAACACAUGAACUGGCAAAAAUGAAUAAAUAAAAAAAAGUAAUUUUGCUUUAAUGUUUUUUUUUAUUAUUAUUAAGUAACCAUUAAAUGAUUUGAAUCAUGAUAAAAAUUUUGUGCGUUUUAUUUCACGUGUCUUUAAUUUUGUGUAGCUGACAAUUUAAGAGCAUGCGAGGUAAUAUAUCCCCCCCCCCCUUAAUAUAUAAAUUUUGUCUUACUAAAUUCUAGGCAUUAAAUGAAACUAAUUUUUUUACAUGUAAAUAUAAAAAUUCUUUUAAUUUGCUUUAUUUCAAAUAAUAUUAAUUUUUUGCUUUUUCCGCUCUUUAAAAUCAAUCAUAUUGCAUUAUAACUAACACAUGAGUACUAAUUUUGCAUUUCCUCAUAUCUUGAAUAUAUGUAUAGUGAAUUUUUCCCCCAGAUUUGAGUGGCAAUCGUGUUUAAAUUGCAAUUUUUAAUUUUUUUUAAUCAUAAAAUGCAUUUUAAUGGUCUAUACGCUUGUUUCUGAACCCAGAAAAAGGGUUAGAAAAGCAUAAUGCAAUUGGAUACAAUGACAUAAUUUCCCCACUCUUAACAAAUGUUUUCAAGUAAAAGGUAUAAAUGUUCAUUUUAUUACGUCUUAAUGAAGAAAUAUUAAAAAGAGUGUGAAAUACCUGCAAAUAAGGUUUUAUAAUUAUCUACAACAUUAUCAAAUAAUGCUUUGUAUUAAUAAUUCUUUAUCUUUGCCACUCGUUGUACUUCUUUUUUUGUACAGAUUGAAAUUUCAAAACAAUUUCUAAACUGUUUUUCACUUGUUGUCAUAUCUUAGACUUGUAGUAGCUUAGUAGUAAUAUCUUAGACUUGUAGUAGCUUAGUAGUAAUAUCUUAGACUUGUAGUAGCUUCACUUGUUCUCACAUCUUAGAUUUGUACUAGUUUCACUUGUAGUCAUAUCUUAGACAUGUUGCCAUGCAGUCUUAUUAUGUUCAACUUCCUAGCUGUUAUAUUGUGUAUUUUUUUGUAACAUCCCCCUAAAUUUAUGAAUAAACAGAAUUGAAAUACUUCAAAAGUUUUAAGAACAAGUAAUUUAUAUAUCGGAGUAUAUCUUUAAACUAAUUAUUAAAUUGUCUGUUGAAAAUUCUUUCCUUCUAAGAAUUUUAUUUUAUAUGAACAGUGAAUAAUGCAACAUUUUAAAAAUAAUAUUCAAAAGUUAUUUAGCAAAAAUUUUAGAAAAUUGUACUCGGUUAAUAUUAUAAAAAUAGUUCUAUCUUUUACAGUUUGCUUUUUUUAUGUCUCAUUUUUAAAUAAUAAACCAUUCUGUGUUAAGACCAGCUGGCGAUAAAAAGAUGAUCGUUGUAAAAUGAAAAAUAAAAAUA